AUGGAGCACUCUUCUCUUCCUACUUCAGACGCCGCUCUCCACAAACUUGAGAAACAAAUCCAGAAGGAGGGCAAAUUGGAAGAUUCAAGCGUAAAACAUUCAUUGAAGGACUUGGCGAGUGCGGAAAAGGGAGUCAAGAAGGCCGACAAGGGACUUGAUAAAACCGGGAAAAUCCUUGCAAAACGCGAAAAAGAGGAACUUUCAGCUGUCAAGGCGCUCAACAAGGCGACGCAUGAGCACAACAUCGCAGUUGCCAAGUCUAGUGACGCGCAGAAGAAUUUAAAGCUGCAGCAGAGUCAUGACACUAAGCUACACCAAGAUCUCGAGACCAAGAAGGCUCAGGUGGAAAGUGCUAUCAAUGCACAAAAGACACAUAAUGAAGUGCGAGAGGCCAAAAUCGCAGAAAUACAAGCGGUGGGUACCGGGGGCCGUAAACCAUCAGAAUAG